AUGGCUCCGAAGAGUCCCAUCAUCGUUCCCACUGGCUUUACUGCGUCGCCGAACUCCUCCUCGUCCGGUGGUACGCCUCCCGCGACUCACCCAAGACCAUCGCCAGAAAAAUCACUGUCUCAUGAACGCCCGUCGUUCACUUUUAUCGGUCAAGAUGAUGAGGCGACCUUGAAGGGGAGAAAGGGUUCUGAUACCCGAAAGAUGAUACGGUCUCACGUAAUGCGAGAUGUCCGUCGUCGCGAGAGAAUUGCCGGUCUCAAACGAGUCUCAAAGAAGGCGUCCAAGAAGAACGACGCAGCCGCCUCUUCUUCUUCUUCUUCUUCUUCUUCAACGGCUCUUCAGCGGCGGACGGACGACCGGGGGGUGGCUGCCACAGGCCCAUUCGCCGGUACAAAACCGCCGCCUUCAUGGAUCACGCUCAGGGGUGGUGUGAGCGACAAAGGGUCGAAUAUCUAUAUAUUCCAUAACCCUCUGACGACACCCAUAUACCGAAGUAUAGAGCCGAUGAAUACUCUAAAGGGCUGCGAGGGACUGGGUCAUGUAGUCAGCAACCUGCUCAGCUAUAUCUCCCAAUCCCUCAUACCCAUGACUUUUCCCAUUGAAGCCAGAAAAGACAAGGAGACAGAGAAACGAUUGGCCAUCAUGAUGGUUGCGGCUGUCUCGUCGUCUGCUUCAUUUUUCGCCCAGAUGGCCCUCAGCGCUGCUCACAGAGCGAUCUUUGAACAAAAUCAUUCAAUAGCGCUGGCAGGCUCUGAUAAAGAAGAAGUUGUCCUGGCAGAUCCUACAUACUACGUUAUGAAAGCAAAGUGUAUAGCAGAGAUGAACCGGAAACUACGAGACCCAGAUCCUAUGAAGGCGGUCGACGACACUGCAAUAGAUAUAGUGACGGGUCUUAUAUCUGCAACGUUAACACUAGCUUUAUUUGAAGAAGCCAGAGUUCACUGGCAGGGUGUGAAGAAGAUAGUUGACUACCGAGGUGGGAUAUUAAACAUGGCAUUGCAAGGCUCUCGUGGCAUAGGAGCCAUUUUAACGUGCGAUCUUAAAGCCGCAUACACCCUAUUAAGCCGACCGAUAUUUCCAUUAGCCUGGGAGCCCCAAGCCCUUCCGUCUGAAGUAAAGGACAAAAUCGAGCCUCCGCCAACGUCACAGCUACGUCACCUGGCCAAAAGAUUAUGCGCCAAUAAACACCUUAGCCCCAAACUCGUCUCCCUAAUGCAAGAAAUCCGCCACGUCUUUUUCUUUGAGAUUUUCAACCGCACCGACGCCGCGGGACUUACCACCAUGGAACACGAAAUGUUCCUCAUGAAGGCCCACGAGAUGGAAUACGAGCUUCUAGACUAUCCUUACCGCGAGCCGGAGGCCCAGGGUGUCGCAGACAAGGAUAUUCUCAAGGAUAAUCCGAUAGAGUACGUUGCUCGACUCACUGCGUUAUCCUACUUCAACUCCUGCUUUGUCGUCUCCCCACCCGAGUCUGGAACCGGAAGAGCGAUGACAAAGAACCUGAAAGAUGCUCUUGCAAGAUGCAUUGCGAUACCACUAUCCGAACAACCAUAUGAAGAUCGCUCCUUGCUGGCCUGGGUGGCUUUCAUCAGCAUUUCUAGCGCAUACGACCCGACACUACGGAUAUGGCUUGUGGAAGUCCUGCAUGAAAUUACCGCUCUGCAGGGUUGGCGGUCUUGGGACGAGGUUGAAUCUAUAAUGCAUGGAUAUUUAUAUGCUGGACAGCUACAUGGCCAUAUCUGGAGGAAGAUAUGGUUUGAAGCCCAGGCUUUCAACUCCAUCCAUGAGAUUAAUGAAUAA